AUGAAAUUCACUAUCUUCCUCUUCGCUGCUAUCGCGGUUCUAGGUGUCGUCACGGGUACCGACCAACCUGCCGUGAAAACAGCCGCCGAAGCUCUCGAGAAGAUUCAGGCGUCCACAUUACCUGACGGCGUCACGCUAACCGGGAUGUCGGAGAAGAUCGACCCACCUGCUUCAGCCACUGUAGUUGCUGUAAAGGAGUCAGAAGUCGAUGACGGCAAGAACAAAGAAGAUGACGAGAAAAAGGAGCAAUUCGGCUGGGGCCUCGGUGGCUGGGGAGGAUGGGGCGGCUGGGACGAAACCCGUGUCCACUCACGACGCGUCUUCGGUGGAGGCAUCAAAUGUUGA